AUGAAUGGUGCGCCGAGGGGCAGCCAACACUGCGGUGUCGCGCCGUCAGACGGCGACACGCAACCGACACCGUCAACCAUGCAAGGAAAUUCAGUUCAACCUCAAACCGGCAGUGCUGCUGACAGCUUUGUGCAGAAUACCGAAAUCUCAACCACACAGGUUUUAGCCGAUGAAGCACGGUUGGAACAUCCUAAACUUUCUUCUAUUGUUUAG